AUGUCUAACGAGCUUUGUCGAGUCUGUAAAGACAUAGACAUCGGAUCCCGAAAAUUGGCCAAGGAACACCACAACAUUAUGCAAUGGCGUAAGGCGGGGAAGAGGCACCUGGCAAGCAUCGAAAAAGCUGAGAACGUAAUCGAGCGGCUAAAGGAGAGGAUCGACGGCCUGGAAAGCAGUCGUGUCUCUAAAACGUUCGAACCCCUGAGAACUACUAACACCCAAGAGUCCACAGAGGGAAGCCUUUACCAUGUCACUAGCGUAGCCGCGCAGGAUAAGUCGCCUCGUUCGACGGCAGAUCUUGACAUAGAGGAAUCUUCAAGAGAGCUUGAAGCAUUGCAGCUGACGAAGAGCACUCGGGAAAGAGCAAAUUCAAGAAAUAAUUCGACCGCAGUUGGCAACUUCGACGGCAAGACAUCGGUCAGCCGCCUGGAGAAGAUCAGUAGGAUUACGGGGAUAAGUUUGCAGCAGCUGUUGGAAGGCAAAGACACCCUACCGCUCCCAGAAUCGUUUGAAAAACGUUCUCUGAAGCGUUAUCCCUGUCCACUUGUCCGUCUGGGUCGUUGCGAACAGAAACCGCAUCGCAGCUUUGAACAAUGCAGGCGGCAUGUCAAAUCUCAUCACGAGUCUUUCGCUCGAGAGCAGCCCGAGUGGGAAACAGAGAUGUUCCGGAUUAAGAUCGAGGACUCUGACACCGGCCCGGUCCUCCAUAGCAAAUCAGAUACUAACAACAAGGCCAUUGCUUUCGGUGCCGGUCCUGACCGCGGAGACCAGCAAGUGUACAUCAGAGAACAAAAGUCAUGCUCCUCUCCAGCAUCAGUCGUUUUGAAUGCAGCUAGCAUCGGUGAAACACGAGCAGCAGCAGCAGCAGCGCCGCAGGCCAACAAGAAGACUACUGCACCUGUUGCUCGCAGGGCAAGCCAAGGACGUUACCGAGUUGAUCGAAGCACACGCCCCAGCAGUGUUCGGGCAUCACAUGAUCCGAAACCGGCUCUCGCAGGUCGACUGUCCUGGGAUGCCUCGAAGUCCAACUUUGCGUGCUAUUUUGAGAAGUUGCAGUGUCACUUCAAUGAAUGUUCAGAUCGGAAAUGGAAAACCGAUCGAGCCCUUCGCCGAUCGUCACACAUUCAGUGGCAUAUGACCCAGGGACAUUUAACAGUCCAUCAGCACCAGAUUUUACUUGAGGCGGACACUCAUCUCCGCGAUUCUUCCGCUGUAAGCCUUGCCGGGGCUUCUGAGUCACUCGAAAGAAGUCGAGACAGUUGGCCCCGGUGUUUGGUUUUUUUGGCCCACGAGUUCUCUUCCGUGCAAGAGUCCUUGGAUCCGUAUUGCGGUACUCCUUUACUUCAAGACGCAUCACGUCUAGAGGAGUUAUGCUCGCUAUACCUGCAAAGGGUGAACCGUGCCUCUGCGGAAGCCGUAUCCAUGCCACAAGCGCAGAACAGCAACUUCCUGCCAACGGCAGCCGAUCCGAUGUCAGGCUCGUACUGCGAAACCUCGUCUCGAGAAGCGUCCGAAAUUCCGAGGGUGGAGCUACGCCUACCACCCGAUGAGAGGUCGGCAGAGAUCUCUUGCCUGCCAUCCGAACAUCAUAUGCCUGACUGCGGUCAAUCUUCAACGGCGGAGCCCGAUCCCUGUUUAGAAACGGCGACAAGAUGUAUGUAUCUACAGGGUCGCUUGCACGCCAUUCAAGCGCAAAUUGCACAGCUGAGAAACGCGGAAAUCGCCCUACAAGACCAGCUCGCAGCUUUACCUGAAAGAUCUGGCAAAGCUACCAAGAUUCGCAGGAUUGGUGAACCAAGCGCAGAUCACGCCACCGAGCAUUCUGGCAGCUUUAGGAAUUGUAUGGGCUCUGAAUUCCCUGCAGCGCAUGAUGGCAGCUUCAUCACGGCCACCCACCACUAUGCUGGAGCAGAUGGAGCCGAGCAAGAUCCCUUCACUACAUGCCGUGUUGGCGCCGGUGCAGGACCCCGAACGAAUGAUGUGAAUUGGACCUCGCUGACUGUGAGUUCUUCGGACAAGUCUUCGCGAUCCCAUUCUCCCAAGACACCCCCAUUACCACAUGAGUCUGUCUUUGCGGCAGGAUACAAUAGCAUUGAGGCCGAAGUCAAUGUGCCAUCAAUAGCACAAGCUAAGCAAAAAGAGACUGUUGAAGCCAUAUGGAAGAUGCCACUCCGACGCGACUACUACGGGGACCCGGGAGGCCCGGUGCAGUACUUAGAUCGUCUCUCCGCAUCGGAUUCACAGCAUCAGCAGCAAGGAGGAUGGGGGAUCAGCAAGCAGGGUGCAGAACCAUCUAACGAUCAGUUCCUAUCUUUUAUCUCGUACGACGGCUUCGGCGGUGAAUGCCCCAGUUGCAGCAUGACCGGCUACUGUAUGCUACAUCCGAUGCAGCAAGACAGCAGUAGUGCGCAAUAG